UUAUCCAGGUAUACGUUGUUGAUUGAUCAAUCAAUUGCAAAUUCAAAUUCAAAUUCAUUAUUCAUUGUUGUUAAGAUGAGAUGUAUCCCGUCAUCGACAUUCACCCCUCAUCGCCCUCACUGAAGAGGACCCAACGAGAGACAAACUUCCUAUCAAGGAAUAUUACUCUCCAGAGCCGAUCAGUCCGUAGACCGAAGGCAACACGUCGCCGUAGAGAAGGCUGGACGACGGUCGUGGCAGGCUCUGUGUAAGCUUU